GCGGUUCUGCUAAUCUAACCUGCCGAGCUUUCUUUGGAUAUAGUGGAGAUGUCAGUCCUUUAAUCUACUGGAUGAAAGGGGAGAAGUUUAUUGAAGAUUUGGAUGAUAGUCGAGUCUGGGAAAGUGACAUCAGGGUUCUCAAGGAGCAUCUUGGGGAACAGGAGGUUUCCAUCUCAUUGAUUCUUGACUCUGUGGAAGAGGCAGACCUGGGGAAUUACUCAUGCUAUGUUGAGAAUGGAAAUGGACGCCGACAUGCCAGUAUUCUUCUACAUAAAAGGGAGCUGAUGUACACAGUUGAGCUUGCUGGUGGGCUUGGUGCUAUUCUGCUGCUGCUUGUUUGUCUGGUAACUAUCUACAAGUGUUACAAGAUAGAGAUUAUGCUUUUCUACAGGAAUCAUUUUGGAGCUGAAGAACUAGAUGGAGACAACAAAGACUAUGAUGCAUAUCUAUCUUAUACCAAAGUGGAUCCUGACCAGUGGAAUCAAGAAACUGGAGAAGAAGAAAGAUUUGCUCUUGAGAUCCUACCAGACAUGCUUGAAAAGCAUUAUGGAUACAAAUUGUUCAUACCAGACAGGGAUUUGAUUCCCACAGGAACUUACAUUGAAGAUGUGGCAAGAUGUGUAGACCAAAGCAAGCGACUGAUCAUCGUCAUGACUCCAAAUUAUGUGGUAAGAAGAGGCUGGAGCAUCUUUGAACUGGAAACAAGGCUUCGAAACAUGUUAGUUACUGGUGAAAUCAAAGUGAUCCUCAUUGAAUGCAGUGAACUACGAGGAGUUAUGAACUACCAGGAGGUUGAGGCCCUGAAACAUACCAUCAAGCUCCUCACUGUCAUUAAAUGGCAUGGACCAAAAUGCAACAAGUUGAAUUCCAAGUUCUGGAAACGUUUACAGUAUGAAAUGCCUUUUAAGAGGAUUGAACCCAUCUCACACGAGCAGGUUUUAGAUGUCAGUGAGCAGGGGCCCUUUGGGGAACUGCAGACAGUCUCUGCAAUUUCCAUGGCUGCUGCCACCUCCACUGCUCUUGCCACUGCCCACCCAGACCUGCGCUCCACCUUUCAUAACACAUAUCAUUCGCAGAUGCGCCAGAAACACUAUUAUCGAAGCUAUGAAUACGAUGUACCUCCUACCGGCACCCUGCCACUUACCUCAAUAGGUAACCAGCAUACCUACUGCAACAUCCCUAUGACACUUAUAAAUGGGCAGCGGCCACAGACAAAAACUAACAGGGAGCAGAAUCCAGAAGAGGCUCACACAAACAGUGCGAUCCUGCCCCUCUUGCCACGGGAGACCAGUAUAUCAAGUGUCAUUUGGUGA